GGCAUCAGCUAAAAGCCACAAGAUUUUUCACUUCUCUCUCUCUAUCUCUGUCUGCGCAAAUUCGUAGACAGUGAGCCAAAAAAAUCAAGCAACGCGGAUCUGCCAUGAAAGAUACCGACAUCUGGGUUUCACUCUCAGUGCUUAAUCUUCUCAGUUUCGAACCAAAGCCACUGAUAACUCACGCUCUCUUCCAUUUUUAGAAAGAGAUAGUGUGUGUUAGAGAGAGAAGAAAGAAGAACAAAGAGAGAGAAUGUUUGGAUUGAGAGAAGGGUCUUGCUUACCUAUGGUCUUAGUUGGCGUGAAUGUGGGUCUCGCUUUUGUUGACGGCGUUCUUGCUGUUCUUGCAUUUUCUCAGCUGAUGAGGAUCCACACAAGGAAUUUACAGCUUGGUUGGACUCGCCAAAAAGUGUUUCAUCUUAUGAUUGGGUCUUCCAAUUUGGGUUACUUGUUUUAUUUUGUAAUAACCCUUAUUGCUGCUUGCAAUGGGUGGCAAUGUUGGUCUCAUUCCUGUGGUUUUGUUUUCAUGGCUUUCCCAAAAAUUCUCUUUUUUGCAGCGUUUCUCCUACUUUUAUCAUUCUGGGUUGACCUCUGCCAUCAGGCAGAUGAUGAAGAUGAGGAGUAUGAAGAGAGCAGCUUUCACGAAUCUUUGUUGGAAAAGACAUUUAAUGAACCAAGUUCAUCAAACACAGAUAAUCAUAGAAGGUGUUUGCCUUUCCGGCUGGUCCAUGUUGGAAGCCGCCAAAGAAUUGUGGUUUUGGUCACUGUUCUAGUCUUUGUUAUAAUGAUGGCAUGUGCUGUGAUAAUUUGGAUUGGCAUGGGAAAAAAUCCCAUUGAUUCUGCAGUGGUGGCUCGGGUAUAUGUAGAUCUUUUUGCCAUAGCAAUGCUUUUAUUAGGUGGAGCAUUAGCAUGUUAUGGACUUAACUUGUGCCUGAAAAUGAGUAGAGUUAGAUCUGAAAGAGCAUCUUCUGAGCUGUGGAAGGUUGCAGGUUUAGCUGUUGUUUCUGUUGUCUGUUUUACUUCAAGUGCUUUUGUUGCUCUUUUGACUAACAUUCCUAUGCUAUAUCACUGGCAUCAACGUGUAAAUGAUGUUUUUACGUCUCUUUUACUGAUUUUGUAUUAUUUUGUAGGGACAUCCAUUCCCUCAGCUUUUGUAUUAUGGGUCAUGAGAGAAGGACCACCUUCAACAACAACUAAUGUACAGGAAGAAUCAACUACAUUAACUUUUGUGAGCGACACUACAUCUGCAAUACAAAAUCCUCAGCACUGGACUUCCGUGGCAAAUUUGCGUAAUCAGAUAUCAAGAGCAAGUCCAAUAUGACUUGGUUUCAUGUGCAAAGAAUGUUGUUUGUUCUGCCUUAUUUAUUAUGCGUGCCACGGGAACCGACGAAGAAUCCUUGGCAGAGAAAAGUUCGUUAAGCUGACAUUAUGAGAUAAAAAGAGCUUGGGGAAAUUAACAAUCCUGAAAAGUGGCACUUGGAGUUGAGCCGCAAGGUUGCCAAUGCCAUAGUUUUUUGACAUUUUAGGCAUGUAAAUAGAAACGACGUACAUGAGGGAAUUCUUUUUAUCUUUUCCUGAUAUAAAAUUUUGGUUGCUGCUCAAGUUGACUA